CUUGCCUUCAAAGUCCUUGACUUCCAAGGCAGCCCUUUGUCGUGACCACAGAGGUCUCUUAGUUUUUGUUGUUUCUUUGCAUUUGCCGAUAUAUCAUGGUCUUUUCUUGCAGAUUUAUUAUUUUUUUCCCUUCCCACUUCCCUCAAUAAUUUCUUAGACGAUCAUCAAAAAAAUAAAUAAAAUUCUUGGAUGUACUUCUUCAUCUAUUUUCCAGAAGGGAAUUCAGAUUCAACAAAGAAAUGCACUUCAAAUGUUUCUGUUGUUUUCUUCCCGAAGAAGAGCAAAGCAAAACACAGAAUGACAACAAGAAGAAGAAAAAUAGGGACUAUCCAUGGGAAAUAUACACGUUGAAGGAACUGCUUCGCGCAACAAACAAUUUUCAUCAAGAUAACAAGAUUGGGGAGGGUGGAUUUGGAAGUGUUUAUUGCGGUCGAACAAGUAAAGGCGUCGAGAUCGCAGUGAAGAGAUUGAAGACUAUGACUGCAAAGGCAGAUAUGGAGUUUGCAGUUGAAGUGGAAGUACUAGGAAGGGUGAGGCACAAGAAUUUGUUGGGGUUGCGUGGAUUCUAUGCAGGAGGCGAUGAAAGGUUGAUUGUGUAUGAUUACAUGCCUAAUCACAGUUUGCUCACCCAUUUGCAUGGUCAACUUGCCACCGAUUGUUUGCUAGAUUGGCCUAAAAGAAUGAGCAUAGCUAUUGGAGCAGCUGAAGGCUUAGCGUAUUUGCACCAUGAGGCAAACCCUCACAUCAUUCAUAGAGACAUAAAGGCAAGCAAUGUUCUUUUAGACGCUGAAUUUGAAGCCAAGGUUGCUGAUUUUGGGUUUGCUAAGUUGUUACCAGAGGGUGUAAGCCAUCUGACGACAAGGGUUAAGGGCACCCUUGGAUAUUUGGCGCCAGAGUACGCCAUGUGGGGGAAGGUUUCUGGGAGCUGUGAUGUUUACAGUUAUGGGAUUUUGCUUUUGGAGAUUGUGAGUGCCAAGAAACCAAUUGAGAAACUUCCUGGCGGAGUCAAAAGGGACAUAAUUCAGUGGGUCACACCUUAUGUCCAAAAGGGUAACUUCAAUCAUAUUGUUGAUGCAAGAUUGAAGGGGCAUUUUGAUUUGGAGCAAUUGAAAUCUGUGAUCAUGGUGGCUAUGAGGUGCAUUGAUAGUAGCCCAGAGAAGAGGCCUAGCAUGUUACAGGUGAUUGAGUGGCUUAAAGGUGGCAUUGGGAAGCGAAAAAAAGAUAUUCCUCCAAGUUUGAGUUACAAGACUGACGAUGACAUAUAUGAGGGAAACAAUGGUGAUUUUAGAACAAUGAAGUCCAGGUUGAAAAUACCUAGUCAUCAUGAUAAACUUAAAAUAAGAUAAAUGCUUACUGUAACUGAAAUUUAUCAGACUCAUGAUAUGGAGUUACAUUCACAUACCAUACACUUCAUCAAUGCCAAUUUUUUUUUCUCUCUCUUUAUUGCAUUAUAUCACUUUU